CAACGAGCGGAUGUUGAUUCGGAAGCGCUGUUGUAGCAGUUUCCUCAAAACUAGCUAUACAGCUAAACACCUACGUUAGUACAGUGUAAACUUUGUCUCGUGGAGCAGUGGUGUACACGUUCACACUUCGGGAUAAGCCUUUCAUACGGUUAUGACUUGACUGUGGUGUCGGCGGCGACCGACCUCAAAACCUUUUUGUUUUUUAAAAAAAAGCUCCGCAUCACUUAAAUCAAGAAUCCGGACUGAGCAGGAUGCUAGCAUGUAUCGUUAGCAAACUGCUGCAGGGAAUUAGCUGGUUAGCUUCCACAUCCAGUCAACUAUUAUGAGGCUGAAGCUUCCCUCUUAUUGCUCUCACUUAGGUUAAAUACUGACAGCGCAAUGAACACCGAGGCGAUAGUGAUCCGAAUAAAAACGCCGACAGGAGACAUGGACUCGUCCGUGGACUGUCCGUCUCUUCUGAACUUCAAUGACUUGCUCGUCGCAAUCAGAGAUGUCAUGCCUGAAGCCACUGUCACGGCCUUUGAAUACGAAGAUGAGGUGGGAGACAGAAUCACAGUAAGAAGUGAUGAAGAACUCAAAGCCAUGUUGUCAUAUUACUGCAACACAAUGAAUGAACAACGCAUAAAUGGACUGCUGCCGGACCCUCUGCAGAUUUUUCCAAGAGCCGGCAAGACUCCAGGGAUCCGGAACAUACAUGGCCUGAAGGUUAAUACAAGGCCUAAUCCAGCAAAUGACUGCAGUCACGCUGUCCCAGACUCUAUAGCUAACAACAGCUUAAAAAAGUCAUCUGCAGAGCUGAAGAGGAUCUUGACAAAUGGCCAGAUAAAUGCCCAAGAUAUCCACUAUCAGGAGCAACUUGGCCAUGGAAAUGGAGGCACAGUUUACAAAGCGUACCACGUUCACGGCAAACGGGUUUUAGCUGUCAAGGUCAUUCCCCUGGAUAUCACGGUGGAGUUACAGAAGCAAAUCAUGUCAGAAUUAGAAAUUCUCUACAAGUGUGAUUCUCCCUACAUCAUCACUUUCUUCAGUGCCUUUUUUGUAGAGAACAGGAUAUCAAUAUGCACAGAAUUUAUGGACGGUGGCUCAUUGGACGUCUACAAAAGAAUUCCAGAGCACGUGCUUGGAAGGAUUGCUGUGGCGGUAGUCAAAGGCCUGACGUAUCUGUGGAGCCUGAAGAUACUUCACAGAGAUGUCAAGCCUUCCAAUAUGCUGGUGAACACCCGAGGACGAGUCAAGCUCUGUGACUUUGGUGUCAGCACACAGCUGGUGAAUUCCAUUGCCAAAACAUACGUGGGAACUAAUGCAUACAUGGCGCCGGAAAGGAUAUCAGGAGAACAGUAUGGGAUCCAUGCAGAUGUCUGGAGUGCGGGCAUCUCUUUCAUGGAGCUGGCGCUUGGCAUGUUCCCGUAUCCACAGAUUCAGAAAAACCAAGGAUCUUUAAUGCCUCUCCAGUUACUGCAAUGCAUUGUUGAUGAGGAUCCUCCAGUUCUUCCUGUCAGCCAGUUUAGCGAAAAGUUUGUUCACUUCAUCACUCAAUGCAUGAGGCGGAACCCCAAGGAGCGACCUGCACCCAAUAACCUCAUGGAUCAUCCCUUCAUCGUACAGUAUAACGAUGGAAAUGCGGAGGUGGUGUCGAUGUGGGUGUGCCGCUGUCUGGAGGAGAGGCGAGCUCAGCUGGCUCAGGGACGCAUGUGACUUCUUCCUGUCGGCAAACUGUGGUGGACCCGAACGUUUGAUCCCAAACACACAUCAAAGGAUUCAGGGUCAAAUACGUCCACGCGCACUGGACAAGUACCUUAUUAUGAAUGGACCGAAAUCACUAGAUGUUACUUUAUCUGAACGAUUCUUGAUGUAACAGACACCCAGGAGCGCGCUCGCGUCCUUUGAACCGAAUAUUAAUCUCUGCAUCGACGGGUCUGCACCUGGAGAUCCUUUCCAUUUCAAGAGAAUCUCAAAAAGCAGUGACCAUUAAAGUCGGCUGAUUUUAAAGCAUCAGAGACGAAAAGAAACUUCAAAGCACAAGACUCGGGCGCGGGCAGAGUUACGCUCUGCGUCGAUGAUGGCAUCCCAAAUAGCCGUCUUGUGCUUUACUGUUGACAGCCCUCCCAUGAAUGUUAAGGUUUUUUGCCUGUGAGUAACUACCCAUCUGUGUGCCUAUUUUUCCAGUGCUAUAAUUUCUUACCUCAGCAAACUUGAUUUGUCACUGCAAUAUCAAGACACCCCACCCCUACCCCUGAAAAUGUACUUACUUUUAGCUCCUGGAGUUGAACAUCUGCAUAGAGUUUUUCCUGAACUGGUGAGGCUGAGUGUUAUCUGCUAUAUUCUAGAAGCCAUUAAGACUGAAGGAAAAUGCAGCUAAAAGCAUAAUCUCCCCUUAUAAAGCACCACUGUUUAAAAAGCUCUUUUAUUCACAUUGUGACCACUAAGUUACUUUAGAAUAAAAUGUCAUGUAUUAUUCAGAAUUAGACAUUUCACUGGGUUGCCUAAGAGAUCGCUUUAUUUUGCUGUAAAGGGAAAAUGUUAAUGCAGUGUACUUGACACCAAAGACGAUAUAGACGGUGAAUUAUAUUGAUUUUUCAUGAGUGAGGCAAAUGUAAGAGGCUAAAAUGAAUUGUUUCAGAAAGGUUUUUAUGAAAUGUGUAAUGCUUAAGUGCAAUUAACCUGCAUUGCUUCCCCGUAUUCACAGUGAACGUAGCUUACAGCGGCGCAACCUGCACAGCGUGUGAAUCGAUGGAAACAAAUGCAAUGGGGAAAAAACAAGCAAAACAUGAGCCAGCGGUUUAUUUUUUAUCAGUUCAACACGGUUUCAUCCUUUAAGUUGUAAAUCAACAACCUUUAUGAAUGAUCAGAAACUGAAAGUACAUGUUUACUGAAGCAUCACAGAUGGGUAAUCGUGUUGUUCUUAAUGUGGGAAAUGUCAAAAAUGGACAAACAAUUAGCGACCGCAAAGCUCCGAACAGGCUGCUUACCUGUGCGUGGCAUUCACGAAUCCUCCUUUUUAUUUCAGCACCCACGUUAGAGCAGCUGCACAGCCUGCAUGAGACCUGCGUCUGAUUGAACCUCCUCGUGUAACAAAAUUAGGCUAAUACUGCUCUUUCUCACUCAUGGCGUUUGUGUCCACAGCACAAACGCUGUGGACAUGCACAGUUUAAGGUUUGAGUCCAUCAUGUGGAGAUAAGAGUAGGUGAGGUCAAUCACAACAAGUCCAAGUAGAACAGGUUUUUAAACCCAUGUGACUGAUGAUUUUGUAAGUUUGGUGAAAAUGUGCAGAAAUCCAUAUUGGUGCAUACAACUACAAUUUAAUUAAUAUUCAUAUUUGAGUAUUUCUCACACACAAAAAGAAUGAAAAAGCUAGAGAUGGCACGAUACCACUUUUUUAUGUCCGAUAUCUGUCGAUACCGAUAUAAAUCCGAUAUAGCAUAUUUUAUAAUCAAUAAAACUUUUUUUUUAAAUAUCUUGCUGCAUUUUAAGUUAAACUUAACGUGGGAAUGCUUUACAAACACUCAGAGAUGCUUGCUUUACUUCUCUGGGAUACCUUUCUCGGAGAUUAAAUGCCGGUUUGGAAGCACAUAGCGAGGCUCCAAAUGCUCAACCAGACCGCCUCCAGGUCUCGCACGCCACAGCCGCUCUAUCACGUGACGCAUAUUCCUCCGACGUGCUACGGUUAUGAGCUGGGU